CUAGAUCUUGCACUCGCUAGAAAGCAGCUCAGAGCCAGGUGCCAUUGCAAGGAGCAGAGCGCACAGCAAGGCGGGGAGAGCAGAUCCUGCUCAGAUCCAGGCACACCGCGGCCAAGGCGGAGGACUAAGAUCCAGGCUUCAUUCCUGGGCCGGUCCCCAGCCCCGGGGCUCUUCUCGAGCCUCUAGCAGCCUCUGGGCAGCUGCAGCCUUGCGGUGCCUCCAACUCUGUGCUGGAAUAAAAAGUUCCCGCGCGCCGCCUGAUCCAAAGCGCCUCUUUCUAAGUGACCGGGAGCUUCGGCUGCCAGCUCUGCGUGGACUUUCAAAUCAAAGUGAUCGUGAAUUUUAAGCAUCCGGAGCAGACCAGCGAAGCUCUGUGCGUCUAACAAGGCUGCUCUGCGCUGCAGUGUGCGGUGUCAUGCAGUCAGCAGUCCCUUUGGGGUCACGCAAGCAGAGGCCCCGCUCCGACAUGGGGCGCGUCCAGCGUGCAGCUAAAUCUCCGAGCUCUCCGCUUUCACCCGUGCUGCUGUGGCUGGCUUUCGUAGCAAUGCUGCUGUGUGUGCGGGGCGCACAAGGGCGCCCCGCGGAGGAGGAAGAGGAGCUGGUGCUGCCUUCCCUGGAGCGUUCCCCGGGUCACGAUUCCACCACGAGCCUCCAUCUGGACGCCUUUGGCCAGCAACUGCACCUGAAGUUGCAGCCGGACAGCGGUUUCUUGGCUCCCGGUUUCACCCUCCAGACCGUGGGGCGCAGUCCGGGGUCCGAGGCACAGCAUCUGGACCCUACCGGGGACCUGGCGCACUGCUUCUACUCUGGCACGGUGAAUGGUGACCCCAGCUCCGCCGCCGCUCUUAGCCUCUGUGAAGGCGUGCGCGGUGCCUUCUACCUUCAGGGCGAGGAGUUCUUCAUCCAGCCAGCGCCUGAGGUCGCCACCGAGCGUCUGGUCCCCACCGCACCGGAGGAGGAGUCACCCGCACCGCCGCAGUUCCACAUCCUGAGGCGAAGGCGGCGGGGCAGCGGAGGAGCCAAGUGCGGUGUCAUGGACGACGAGACCCUGCCAACUAGCGACUCGCGACCAGAAAGUCGAGACUCCCGGAAUCAGUGGCCGCUGCGGGACCCCACGCCGCAAGGCGCGGGAAAGCCAACAGGACCUGGAAGCAUAAGAAAAAAGCGAUUUGUGUCCAGUCCCCGUUAUGUGGAAACCAUGCUCGUGGCUGACCAGUCGAUGGCUGACUUCCAUGGCAGUGGUCUCAAGCACUACCUUCUCACCUUGUUCUCCGUGGCAGCCAGGUUUUACAAGCACCCCAGCAUCAGGAAUUCAAUUAGCCUGGUGGUGGUCAAGAUCUUGGUCAUCUACGAGGAGCAGAAGGGACCAGAAGUGACUUCCAAUGCUGCCCUCACCCUGCGGAACUUCUGCAGCUGGCAGAAGCAGCACAACCCUCCCAGUGACCGGGAUGCAGAGCACUAUGACACAGCGAUUCUUUUCACCAGACAGGAUCUAUGUGGUUCCCACACCUGUGAUACUCUCGGGAUGGCCGAUGUUGGAACCGUAUGCGACCCCAGCAGAAGCUGUUCGGUGAUAGAAGAUGAUGGUUUGCAAGCUGCCUUCACCACAGCCCACGAAUUGGGCCACGUGUUUAACAUGCCACAUGAUGACGCAAAGCACUGUACCAGCUUUAAUGGUGGGGGUGGAGAUUCCCAUCUGAUGGCCUCCAUGCUUUCUAGCUUGGAUCACAGCCAGCCCUGGUCUCCCUGCAGUGCCUACAUGGUCACAUCAUUCCUGGAUAAUGGCCACGGGGAAUGUUUGAUGGACAAGCCUCAGAACCCCAUCAAGCUCCCGUCUGAUCUGCCUGGUACCAUGUACGAUGCCAACCGUCAGUGUCAGUUUACAUUUGGAGAAGAAUCCAAGCACUGCCCCGAUGCAGCCAGCACAUGUACUACGCUAUGGUGCACUGGUACCUCUGGUGGCUUACUCGUGUGCCAAACGAAACACUUCCCUUGGGCAGAUGGCACCAGCUGUGGAGAAGGGAAAUGGUGUGUCAGUGGCAAGUGUGUGAACAAGAUGGACAUGAAGCAUUUCGCUACUCCUGUUCAUGGAAGCUGGGGGACGUGGGGGCCCUGGGGAGAGUGUUCAAGAACCUGUGGUGGAGGAGUUCAGUAUACAAUGAGAGAAUGUGACAACCCGGUGCCAAAAAAUGGAGGGAAGUACUGUGAAGGCAAACGGGUACGCUACAGAUCCUGUAACAUUGAGGACUGCCCAGACAAUAACGGAAAAACGUUCAGAGAGGAGCAAUGUGAAGCGCACAAUGAGUUUUCAAAAGCUCCCUUUGGGAACGAGCCCACUGUGGAGUGGACACCCAAGUAUGCCGGCGUCUCGCCGAAGGAUAGGUGCAAGCUCAUCUGUCAAGCCAAAGGCAUUGGCUACUUCUAUGUUUUACAGCCCAAGGUUGUAGAUGGCACCCCCUGUAGUCCAGACUCCACCUCUGUCUGUGUGCAAGGACAGUGUGUAAAAGCUGGGUGUGAUCACAUCAUAGACUCCAAAAAGAAGUUCGAUAAAUGUGGCGUCUGCGGAGGAAAUGGCUCCACAUGCAAGAAAAUAUCAGGAUCGGUCACGAGCACAAGACCUGGGUAUCAUGACAUUGUCACAAUUCCUGCUGGAGCCACCAACAUUGAAGUGAAACACCGGAAUCAAAAGGGGUCCAGAAACAACGGCAGUUUUCUAGCCAUCAGAGCUGCAGAUGGUACCUAUAUCCUGAAUGGGAACUUCACUCUGUCCACACUAGAGCAAGACCUCACCUACAGAGGUACUGUCUUGAGAUACAGCGGCUCCUCGGCAGCGUUGGAAAGAAUCCGCAGCUUUAGUCCACUCAAAGAACCCUUAACUCUCCAGGUUCUUAUGGUGGGCCACGCUCUGCGACCCAAAAUCAAAUACACCUAUUUUGUGAAGAAGAAGAAGGAGUCAUUCAAUGCUAUCCCCACUUUUUCAGAGUGGGUGAUUGAAGAGUGGGGGGAAUGCUCCAAGUCGUGUGGCUCAGGUUGGCAGAGGAGAGUGGUCGAAUGCAGGGACAUUAACGGGCGUCCUGCUUCCGAGUGUGCAAAGGAAGUGAAACCAGCCAGCACCAGACCUUGUGCAGACCUCCCUUGCCCACACUGGCAGGUGGGGGAUUGGUCGCCAUGUUCCAAAACUUGUGGGAAGGGUUACAAGAAGAGAACCUUGAAAUGUCUGUCCCAUGACGGGGGAGUGUUAUCAAACGAGAGCUGUGACCCUCUGAAGAAGCCAAAGCAUUACAUUGACUUUUGCACGCUGGCAGAGUGCAGUUAAACAGUUUUGAGAAGAAGGUAGCAUGGGAGGGCUGAUAUCUGAGAUCAAGAGUUCUGGAGGGAUCCCAUGAAUCAAACCAGUAACAAGUGAGGCCUGUUAAUGAGGUGUGUGGGUGGGGGGUAACAUAGCAAAAGGGGUAGAUCAGGACAUGAUCCUGCUAAUUAAAAUUUGAUGAGGUAGUUAAUGAGGACUAUUAGCAUCUGAGAGACCAUAUGUAGCAUGAUGAUACCCCAGAGCGUUAUUCGUAUUUCUCUUCUUACAUCUAUGGCAGAAACAAUUCAGAGUCUGGGAGAAAUCUUGCAAAGCCCUGUUGCAUGGUGCUGAUUAGAUGCUUGCAUCAUGGGGAUUGGGAAAGGCAAAGCAGAGAAAAGGUGAGACUGUAUUUCAAACAUGGCUUACUCUAUGUCACUGGCAAUGGUGGCCGGGAGAAGGCAACAAACAAGAUCAUUAUUGGAAGUUUCUGACUGUUGCGGUCUCAGAAAAUGGUGAUACGUCCUUUCUAUCAAUAGUGAAAUGUUCAGGUUGCUAAACACAAGAGAAAGGCUCACCUCUGUGAAAUGGCUCAUGUUCCUUCUUACACCAUCUCUGUUUUGUUUUGUUUUUUUUAACUAUAAAUCAUGUUGAGGUAGAAACAAUCCACCUAUCUUUAAAAUGUACAUUAAUUCAAAAAGGAAAAAAAAAGGAAAACAUCGAACUAGAUGAGGUGAUGAGGUGCAUGAAACCCAAGGGAGCACAAUGAGCAGCAUGUCCCCUGCUUUGCCUUGUCCUAAGGUCAGCGCCUGGGGACUGUGGAUGAUAAAGACAGUGCAUGUCCCACAAAGGCAGCAGUAUCACACUUGUCAGUGUCAUGCCAGAGUAACGAUGGGGUUUAGAAAUAGGGUCCCGUGAGAUUGGGACCGUAGAGGUGGCUUGUCUUACAUGGGAAGCUGCUGCGGGGUAGCAGGUCCACUCCCAGCAGCUGGCCCAACAGUCGUAUCCUGGUGAAUGUCUGUUCAGCUCUUCUACUGAGAGAGAAUAUGACUGUUUCCAUAUGUAUAUGUAUAUAGUAAAAUAUGUUACUAUGAAUUAUAUGUACUUUAUAAGUAUUGGUUUGUUUGUUCCUUCUAAGAAGGACUAUAGAUUAUAAUAAAUGCUUAUAAUAACAUAUUUAUUUUUAUACAUUUAUUUCUAAUGAUAAAGCCUUUAAGUUAUAUCGCUUUUGUAAAAGUGCAUAUAAAAUAGAGUAUUUAUACAAUAUAUAUUAACUAGAAAUAAUAAAAGAACACUUUUGAAUAUGUAUGUCUAUUUUCUGAAGUGGGAUUAAUUCCUGAGCAAGAAAUCUGAUGAGAUACAAAUACUGGAUUUUGAGACAGUUUUUGUGAUUUUGGUGAAUGAACUGUAUUUCCUGUUUGCAGAAAUACUAAUAAAAAAGAAGUUGAUGGUGUCCUUAGUGAUAAGAUGGUUACUAAUGCGGUUGGCAAAUACUGCAAAGAGACAGGUAGUAAGUACUUAUGGCAUUGUAGGCUAUAUUUCCUGUCAUAACCAUGUGACAGCGAAUGCUUUUGUAGGAAUGAGAACAGCCAUAAAUGAUAUGUAAAUGAUUAACCAUGGCUGUGUUUUAAUAAAACUUUAUUCACAAAAACAAAUGAUGGGCCAGAUUUGUUCUGUGAGUUUAUUUGCCAACAAUAAAAGUAAAUGGAAAAUGA